AUGCGAGACGGAAAAAAAGCACGCGCUCGUCGUUAUGUAGCAGAUGCGUGUUUAGAAUUUCGUAAACAAACUAAUAAUGAUCCUCUUGAGAUUAUUAAAGUUGCAAUUGAUAAAACUGCUCCCUUAGUCGGUCAUGUUGGUCAAAAAAAAGGUUCAAAAGUAAUACAAAUUCCAAAACCACUUAAUGAACGACAAAGAAAUCAUAAAGCUAUUAAAUGGAUAUUAGAAGCUUCGGAUAAAAAGCCUGGAAAGAAAUUUAGCAUCAGGUUGGCCAAUGAAUUUUUGGCUGUUAUUAAUGGUCAAAGCUUGGCUUUACAAAAGAAGGAACAAUUACAUAAGUUGGCACUCAUGAAUAGACAAAACUUACCAAUUAAAUG